GACUUAGAGGAAGUGCUGGUACAAGAAGUGUGCAGGGAGGAAGGUGGUGUUUAAUGCUCAUGCCCAUCCACAUAAGAAGCAGCACAGAAAGGAGAAAUCAGAAGGAUCUGCAUAAAACAUGGGUAUAACCAGUAGAAGAUUGCGGUCUAGAUGGAUAGAUGAUCACAUGUUGUUUACUAUCAUUAGUUGUGGGCUCUUAUCUUCUGUGGGUGCCUGGACGUACCACUAUGGGGCUAAAUCAGAGAUGACAUGGGAAAUGGCAAGAAGAUUUUGCCAAGAGCACUAUACUGACUUGGUAGCAAUCCAAAACAAAGAAGAAAUUGCCUAUCUCAACGCUUCCUUUCGCUACUAUCCCACAUACUACUGGAUUGGCAUCAGGAAGAUUAACCACACUUGGACCUGGGUGGGAACUGGCAAGGUCUUGACAAAGGAGGCAGAGAACUGGGCUUAUAGGGAACCCAACAACAGAAGGUCCAACGAAGAUUGUGUUGAGAUAUAUAUUAAGAGGCAAUGGGAAUCUGGAAAAUGGAAUGACGAGCGUUGUACUAAGAAAAAACGGGCACUGUGCUACCGAGCUUCUUGCCAGCCUUCCUCUUGCAGUGAACAUGGGGAGUGUGUGGAGACCAUUGGGAACUAUACCUGCCGAUGUUAUCCUGGCUUCUAUGGGCCUGAGUGUGAACAUGUUGUAAAAUGCAAGGACCUUGAUGCUGUCCACAGGCCACUGCUCAUGAACUGCAGUCAUCCUCUGGGGAGCUUCAGUUAUGAUUCCAGCUGUGGCUUCAGUUGUGAUGAAGGAUUUGAAAUGAAUGGCCUGGCCACCUUGCAGUGCUUGCCAUCUGGGGGCUGGUCAGCAGAGAUACCGCAGUGUAUAGCUGUCCAGUGCCGGCCAUUAAAUAUUCCUGUUCAUGGAGACCUCAUCUGCUCCCACAUCCACAGGGAAUUCCAGUACCAGUCUAGUUGCAACUUUAGCUGUACUGAGGGCUUCCUACUAAGUGGAGCAGAGACAUCAGUGUGUGAAGCAUCUGGAGAAUGGAGUUCCCUGGAGCCGAUAUGUCAAGUCAAGCGAUGUCCUAAAAUUGAGUUACCCACAAGAGGAACAAUGGACUGUGAAAACCCAGUUGGCAACUUUGCUUAUAACUCCACCUGCAAUUUUGGUUGUGAAGUUGGCUUUCAGCUCAGUGGCCCCAAGAUGUUGUAUUGCAGUGUAUCCGGCCAGUGGACUUCCUAUGUACCUAUUUGUCUUGCUGUUCAGUGCCAGACGCUGCAGCCUCCUGCUCAUGGAAACAGCACCUGCUUCCAUCUCCAUGGGGAAUUUCAGUACCAAUCUGUCUGCACCUUCCACUGCACUGAAGGGUUUCAGUUACUUGGAGAAAAAGUGUUGCGGUGUGCAGCAGCUGGAGAAUGGACAGCCCCCGUCCCAUUUUGCCAAGCUGUCCAAUGCCCGGCCCUGCAGACUCCAGACAACGGCAAGGGAAGCUGCUCUCAUCCAUAUGGACACUUUGCAUAUCAGUCCAGCUGCAUGUUCUCCUGCAACUCUGGUUUUGAGCUGGUUGGAUCAGAGAAGCUUGAGUGCACAGAUCAGGGGAACUGGACUGGAGACAUGCCCAUCUGUGAAGCUAGAAAGUGUCCUCCCCUGAGGGUUCUGGAGGAUGUGAAGAUGAAUUGUUCCAGUCUCUGGGACUCCUUCAGUUAUGGGUCAACAUGUCACUUCCACUGUGCUGAGGGCUACAACCUCAACGGAACAAGGAGGAUUCAAUGCCAAGCCAAUGGCCACUGGUCUGCUGAGAUACCUGUUUGCCAAGCUGUCCAAUGCCCGGCCCUGCAGACUCCAGACUACGGCAAGGGAAGCUGCUCUCAUCCAUAUGGACACUUUGCAUAUCAGUCCAGCUGCAUGUUCUCCUGCAACUCUGGUUUUGAGCUGGUUGGAUCAGAGAAGCUUGAGUGCACAGAUCAGGGGAACUGGACUGGAGACAUGCCCAUCUGUGAAGCUAGAAAGUGUCCUCCCCUGAGGGUUCUGGAGGAUGUGAAGAUGAAUUGUUCCAGUCUCUGGGACUCCUUCAGUUAUGGGUCAACAUGUCACUUCCACUGUGCUGAGGGCUACAACCUUAAUGGAACAAGGAGGAUUCAGUGCCAAGCUGAUGGCCACUGGUCUGCUGAUAUGCCAGGUUGCCAAGAAAACGCUGCUCUCUAUUUCAAGCAAGCUCUGCUUUAUACUGGUGCAAUUGCAGCAUCGGUUGUUGCCCUCAUGCUCUCCGGGGGUCUGAUUGCUCUGGCUAUCAGACGCUUCAGCAAAAGAGAGGAAAGAAAAAGGCUCCUUGGCUAUACCAGUGAUUUGGGAGCACCUGGUGUAUUCUCCAAUGCAGGCUUCAGCUCCGCUUUCUAAGAACUCACCUGGACUGUGGCCAUGGAAGAAAAGUGCUGAUGCAAUGAGAUUUUCCAGCACCUACAUUAAUCUCUGCCACCACUAUCAGUGAGAACUUCUGCUCCCUAUUUGCUGGAGAUGGAAUAAAUUCAUGCUUGAAGCACCUAGCUCUCUUCUGAUAUCCUGUACUGAGCUUCUAGCACUGAGUUUCCAUUCACCAUCCAACUGCAGUGUUCAGUGGAUUUCAAAUUGUCUCAUUAUUCUCUGUCGUCAUAUGUCCAUUGGCUAAAGAUCUUAGUUUGCAUUCUUCCUAAGAUUCCUACCAACUCUCAACAUAAAGAACCUUAGUCACUAAAAGGUCUUGCAAAGAAGAGAUGCUGUUGUAAGAAACUUUGUCAAAAGCUGCUGUAAAAGAUUUCUGGAUUUCCCUGCUGCACCCACACAGACAUCAUAUGUUGUAAGACUGCCUGUUAUAAUAAUAAUAAAGCCUCUGGAUUGCUAUUAUAUAGCCAAGACAUUACCAGAUCAUCUGAUACAUACCAUGUUACUAAACCAUGCCCUUGCUCCACUCUCUAGACUAGGACAAGUUAAUACAGUCCCCAGAAAACACCAUUAAUGAGGGAAGACAGAGACUAAACUAUGGAAAAUGCCAGCUGCUCUUCAAAGGGUUUACUUAGGACAGGAGUCUGCUUUUUGAAAGCAAAUGAAAGAGAACAUGCUCUGAAACUGAAUUCUGGAAUCACUAUCAUGUUCUGCACUUGCAAGGAACAGCAGAAUACACCCUCUCUGAUAAUGUCUUGCACUUUUGAAAAUACAAUAAGAGGGUGGACUAAGCCAGUCAGAAACGCUCAGUUUUGAUCAGUUGAUCCUUUUACUAUAUAACAUGAGUCACAGCUAAUUUUACGAAGGAUUAUAUAACAAUGUCUGCUUGGCUCACAGAUCUGUUAACUGGCUUUCAAUAUUGCAAAUUGGCUGCCUAUAGCUGCAAUAAAAUAUUGAGUAAAUAGCAGCAUCUUUUUUGCUUAUGGUGUAAUUUGUUAGCAAGGGUAAACCUAGCAGCAAAGCAAACAUUCCACUGGCUACCUGCUAUACCCACAUGCAUCUCCAGCCAUCAGUAGGAAAUGCCACUGCCUAGUGAAUAAAAAUAUUAAACUAGUAUUAGGGAGACAUUGAUUCAGAUCCUCACUCCCUUAUGAAGCCAGUCAUACUCAGCCUAACCUACCUCAUAGACUUGUUGGGAUACAAUGGGAAGGAACUAGGUACAGUC